CUUAAGAUGGCAUCAUCAUUGCUUGCAAUGUGUUGCUGAAUUCGAACAUCAAGUUGCACAAAGAUAGAGGCAAAGGAUUGUGUGUUAUCCAGCAAAACGUUGACACUGAACCGGAAAAAAGAAUGUUCUAGAAAUGUCUUUCAAGGAUGUUGGAGAUGAUUACUAUAGCCUGUUUGAUGGGUAUGAUAGUCUGGAAGACCACGGCACUAGCAGCAAUGAAAACUUCACUGAGGAAUCGAGUGAUGACAUGGAGGAUGAAGAAGGUGGUCAGCAGCAGGUCGUGGAGUCUGAGUCAAUAUUAGAAGCGAUGAACGAUGAUGAAUCCAUUGAUGGAAAACUUGGAAUGGCUACCUGUGAGAUGUGUGGGAUUGCGGGAGCACGAGAAACCUUCUUUUCCAAGACGAAGAGAUUCUGCAGUGUUUCCUGUUCCCGAAGCUACUCUUCCAACUCGAAGAAAGCCAGCAUCUUGGCAAGAUUACGGGGAAAACCACCCACAAAGAAAGCAAAGGUGUUAAACAAAGCUUCAUGGGUAUCUAAACUGGGGGCAUUUCUACAGCAUCAGUCCAAUGGGAAGAUAAAGAAUGGUAAUCAGAAUAGCAAUUCUGCUUUCAGCCAAGGGUUCGAAUGGGGCAAGUAUAUCGAGGAACAGAAAUGCAAAGCCGCUCCUGUCAGCUGCUUCAAACACGUUCCACUGUUUGACCAGUGGGAAGAUGUUCUGGAAGGGAUGAAGGUGGAAAUAUUGAACCUUGACUGUAAUCUGCCAAUCAAAGUCUACUGGAUGGCGUAUGUCAUCAGAUUAGCAGGUUACAAGGCAUUGCUGAGAUAUGAAGGAUUUGAAAAUAACUCGCGACAGGACUUUUGGUAUAACCUGGGAACUGCAGAUAUCCAUCCAAUUGGCUGGUGCGCAACAUUUGGCAAACCUCUCGUUCCUCCUCAGACUGUUCGGAACAAGACCCCUGACUGGAGAGCCUAUCUGUUAAAGAAACUAAUUGGAUCUAAGACCCUACCAGUUGAUUUCCAUUAUAAGAUGGUGGAGAGUAUGAAAUACUCCUUCCAACCAGGAAUGCGGGUGGAAGUUGUGGAUAAGACGCAGAUUUCGCGUACGAGGACCGCGGUUGUGGACACUGUGAUUGGAGGCCGCCUGAGGCUACUGUAUGAAGAUUGUGAGGAAGAUGAUGAUUUCUGGUGCCACAUGUGGAGCCCUCUCAUCCACUCAGUGGGGUGGUCCAAACGGGUGGGUCACAAACUGAAAUGCACAGGAGCGACCAGAGCAGACUUAAGCUCACACCCAACGUUCAGGAAAAUCUACUGUGAUGCUGUACCCCAUCUCUUCAAAAAGGUGCGAGCAGUUUAUGCUAAUGAUGAUUGGUUUGAAGAGGGGAUGAAACUGGAGGCCAUUGAUCCACUGAAUUUAUCCACAAUUUGUGUUGCCAGUGUCCGAAAGGUGUUGCUGGAUGGAUAUCUGAUGAUUGGAAUUGAUGGUUGUGAAGCAGCUGAUGGCACCGACUGGUUCUGUUAUCAUGCUUCCUCCUGUAGCAUCUUUCCCGUGGGAUUCUGUAAGAAAAAUGACAUUGAAUUGACACCUCCUCGAGGUUGGGAGAAGUGCUUUGACUGGGAUACGUAUUUAAGAGAGACUGGCACCAUGGCAGCUCCUGCAAGUCUGUUCAUUAGGGAUGUGAAGGAGAAGUUGUUCAAUGUGAGAACGAGCUCAGCCAGGCGGAGGAAGGUGGUGGAUGAGCCACAGUUUAAGGAAGAAGCGGAGAACUCUCAGAACAUUCUGGAUAUUCCGUACCAUGGGUUUGAACCUGGAAUGAAACUCGAGGCGGUCGAUUUGAUGGAACCUCGCUUAAUCUGCGUUGCCACGGUGACGCGCGUGGUGAACCGUCUGUUGAGGAUCCAUUUCGACGGGUGGGAUGAUGAGUACGAUCAGUGGGUGGACUGCGAGUCACCAGAUGUGUAUCCGGUGGGCUGGUGUGAGCUGACUGGCUAUCAACUCCAGAUGCCUGUGGUUCCAGCUCCCGAAAAGCCUGUUGCUAAGCCGACAGAAGCCACAAAGACAAAGAGGAAGCCCUAUGGGAAGAAAAGGAGAAAACUGCUGAUGGCAAAACGUGGAACAAAGGGCAAACCUGGAGCGCUGCUCGACCCGAAGGGGAAGGAGGACCCACCCGAAGAUGAAAUCAUUGCAGUGCAAGUGAAGGAGGAGAUGGUUGACUUAUCGACACCACUGGACCCCAGCAACCUGCUGAUCCCCGUGGAAAACAUCAAGCAGGAGCCGGUAGACUGAGUGAGUCCCAGCACUCCUCUGCCACUGCACUGCGCCAGUGUGAACUGGCUAAUUCUGGACCCUGUAAGUUACUCUCUUUGUGGACUGGUGUUGGAGAAGGAGAACUGCAACCGGGAGUCCCGAUCUCCAGCUCGGUUGAGUGGAUCAGACUGGUUUAAACUGGCUAGGACUGGAUCCUGCCAACAGAAGCAUUAGACACUGGGGCUCUUUUGUUAUGAAUUCCAGCCUGCCAAAAAAAUAUGAUUUAUUAAUAAGAAGAGUUGUACAGUAGUAAUGAGGCCGUGGAAAUGUGGCUGUAAAAGGCCUAGGAGUGUGUUUUGGAUGGUACAGCCUGUCAGUUUUCUGGUAUAGUAUUGAGUCCUUACAGCUGAUGUUACAGUUUUGUACAAGAUUUAAACUGAUAGUUUCCUCCUUUCCCUGAAGGUCCCAUACCCUCGAUCACACCCCAGUGACCAUUCUUUAAUGGAAGCCAGGACCGAAUGGUGACCAGCCAUUUAAUCUCGUAGGUGUGUCAUGGUGGGUCAGCCCCAUCUACCAUGUCUGCAGACAAGAUUCCAGGUGAUGCCCAUCCUGGUGGUAUCUGUAUUUUUUUUUAAACUAUCCUUCACCAGGAGGUUUGAAAGAACAUUUUGCAAGGGCCCCUGUUGCUGCUUCUGGAAAGAUCAGUUAGCUUGACGCAGGCAGUCAAACCUUCGACCUUGUGGUCUGUACCACACUGAGACUUCCGUUUCCGCCCCCCCCCCCCAAAAUUGU